CGUUAAUUAAUUUCACCGCUCCUGAAAAUCAAGAGCCAGAAAACGACCGAGGACUGGAUCUCCUCCACCGGACCGGACUCCUCUCUCCACAGCAGCGUUUUAACGAUCCGCACUUCAGACUGAAAAAUAUACCGGUACAUGUAUUUGUACAUGGCUGUGUCUAAGAGUACCGGCACCCUGAGGGACCUGCAGCUGGCUCUGCAGCUGAAGAUCGAGGAGCUCCGGCAGAGAGACUCUCUCAUCGAUGAGCUGGAGCUGGAGCUGGACACGAAGGAUGAUCUGAUCAGGCAGCUGCAGGUAGAGCUGGACAAGCAUCGCUGCACCCCACAGCUCCCCGUCAGCACCGCCGAGACGGCAAACACAGGAGCGGCGGCUCAGACUCCGGCAGCACCUGACGAGCCUCAGCGAACAAAGAGACAGGCCAUCUCUGCAGAGCCCACAGCGCUGGACCCCUCGCAGCUCACUGAUGUCACACUCACCAGCUACUGCAAGACCAAAGAGUCUAGGGAGCUGAUCCAGAGGGCUCUAAUGGACAAUGACUUCAUGAAACAUCUGGAACACGGGCAGAUUCUCACCAUCAUGGAUUGUAUGCAUCCUACCAGCCUGGCCAAGGGCUGCUGUGUCAUCCAGGAGGGAGAUGACGGCUCCACAGUCUACGUUCUGGAGGAGGGAAUGGUUGAGGUGACUAAACAAGGAAAGAAACUGUGCACCAUUGGUCAAGGAACAGUGUUUGGAGAACUGGCGAUCCUGUACAACUGCACUCGCACAGCAACUGUGACAGCUCUGACUGACAUUAAGCUCUGGGCGAUCGACCGUCAGGGUUUCCAGACCAUCAUGAUGAGGACUGGUCUCAUCAAACAUUCCCAGUACACAGACUUCCUCCGCAGCGUUCCCUCUUUUCAGUCGCUACCCGAGGACAUCCUCAGCAAACUGGCUGAUGUUUUGGAGGAGACUCAUUACAGUGACUGUGAUUACAUUAUCCGUCAGGGAGCCACCGGAGACACAUUCUUCAUCAUCAGUGAAGGACAGGUGAAAGUCUCUCAGCAGAGCUCACCCAGUGACGAGCAGGUGGCUGUGAAAACUCUCUCUAAAGGGGACUGGUUUGGAGAGCAAGCUCUGAAAGGUGAGGACGUUCGAACAGCCAGUGUCACAGCUGUGGGAGACGUCACGUGUCUGGUGAUUGACAGAGAGUCUUUCAGACAGCUGAUUGGAGGACUGGAUGACGUCAACAACAAGCAGUACGACAGCGAUGAGGUCAAUGCGAAACUGCAGACAGAGGCAGAUUUCUUUUCCAGUGUGUCACUUAGUGAUUUCAAUAUCGUCUGCACUCUGGGGAUGGGAGGCUUCAGUCGAGUGGAGCUGGUGCAAUUAAAGAACGAUGCCGGUCGAUCUUUUGCCCUGAAAGUGUUAAAGAAACGCCACAUCCUGGACACCAGCCAGCAGGGCCACAUCCUGUCGGAGCGCCGCAUCAUGAUGGAGGCUCACAGCCCGUUCAUCAUCAGGUUGUAUCGGACUUUCAGAGACUCCAAAUAUCUCUACAUGCUGCUGGAGGCUUGCCUCGGAGGAGAACUGUGGACGUUACUGCGAGACAGGGGAUCAUUUGAUGACGGCGUCACUCGCUUCUACACGGGCUGUGUCGUAGAGGCUCUGGCUUUCCUGCACUCCAGAGGAAUCAUCUACAGAGACCUCAAACCUGAGAACAUCAUCCUGGACCACCGGGGAUACGCAAAGCUGGUGGACUUUGGCUUUGCUAAGAAGGUUGGUCUGGGUAAGAAGACGUGGACGUUUUGUGGUACUCCUGAGUACGUCGCCCCUGAGAUCAUCCUGAACAAAGGCCAUGACAGUUCAGCUGACUGCUGGUCUCUGGGAAUACUGGUCUUUGAGCUGCUCAGUGGCAGUCCUCCAUUUACAGGCUCUGAUCCCAUGAAGACCUAUAACAUCAUCCUGAGAGGCAUCGACAUGAUCGAGUUUCCCAAGAAGAUCACCAAGAGUGCGACUAACCUCAUCAAACGACUCUGCAGGGACAAUCCUUCAGAGCGGCUGGGAAAUCAGAAAAAUGGAGUGAAGGAUAUCCAGAAACACAAGUGGUUUGAGGGCUUCAACUGGGACGGCCUCCGCCAGGGAACCAUAGACUCUCCGUUCACACCCGCAGUGAACGGGCCAUUGGACAACAGCAACUUUGACUAUUUCCCAGAGGACAUGGAAGACCCUCCUCCUGACGAAGAGUCCGGUUGGGACCUCGAAUUUUAGCAGGACCUGAUUAGCGUCUGAAGGCUGACUGAACAAAGAAACCAGUGGGAACAGGAUUCUUCAGAGGACGUGAAGCCAAACAAAAGAAACAACAGAAAGAACUUCAGCUUUCUGUGAAAGUCAAAGUGCAAAUUAAAGCAAGAAAAACAGAAAGCAUCGAACAUAGUGUACGAAACUAUAAUCACAGCGAGUAUUAGGGCCACCCAAUCUGAGAUUUCAAGAAUAAAAUGAAAAUAUUUAAAUCAAAAGAUAAUUGUGAGUAAAAAAAGUCAUAUUACAAGAAAUAUAAUAAUAAUUAUCAUAAUAAUAAUAAUUUAACAAACAAAAGUAAAUGUAUAAGAAAUGCGUUCAGAAUAAUAAUAAUGUAUUAAAAAUAAAACCAUACUACCUCGAGAGAAAAAAGCCAU